CAUGUGUGCUACUGUAUGUAUAGCACAUAGAACGAAGCUACACCAAACCUCCUCCUCUCUUCAGUAACAUUAGGAAAACUACGAGCAGCCCUAUAAAUUUAAAAAUGCCUGUUCUUUCUCGUUUGUUCCAUUACGGAGUUGAUUUAGCAUUAGUUUCUACUUGCAUCGCAGGAAUUCGUCGUUCUUCUGGUGUCUCGUUUGAUGUUGAGAAAGUCCAUAACGAAGAUGUGAAGCUCGCCGUUGAAAAAUACCUUGGAUUUGGCGAAUGGGCGUUCGAUCAAUCCAGUAAUUUUCUAUCUUCUACAAAUUGGUUCAAAAAGUUGUAAAAGAAUGUUUUCCGAAGCCUAGGUUUGCUCUGAACGCUAUUUUCUUUAGAGAGUUAGGUUUGCUUUAUCUGUCAGUGUGAUCUUGGAGCAUAGUUUUUCCUUUUCUUUCUCUUACAAUGGCUUUCGCGGUAAUAAUUUGCUCAUAAAUUGCUUCAUACUCUUUAUUGUCGUGUCAGUUUUCUUUGACGAGUUGAACCCUCUUUUGACAGAUCCUCAAUGUUUUCUUAUGCACGGAAAGUUUCUUUUCUUUUUCUUGAAUCAUAUGUUUUUAAUAU